UUGGUAUUGACACCAAUAUAACUUAUUCAAAUCAAUCAAAUUUGGUUGUGGAAAGAGUAACUUUGUAUCCAAUUAAAUCAUGUCACGGGUUUACCAUACCACCUUCAUCGUCCUGGCCAGUAACUAGUCAAGGACUAUUAUAUGACCGUGAAUGGAUGUUAGUAAAUUUAAGAACUGGAAAGGCAUUAAGUCAAAAAAUAUUCCCAAGGAUGACUUUAAUACGUCCAGUCGUUUUCCGAGAUAAAGAAUUGCUUGUUAUUUCGGCACCUGGGCAUGAUCCUCUUCAAAUAAAGUUGAAUGAAUAUCCUGAUGACAUUGACUCUUCUACUACAUGUUCGUCUCAAGUUUGCGGUGACAAGAUUGAAACAUUUAUAUAUACAUCUCCACAUAUUACAAAUUGGUUUACAAAUUUUCUUGGUAUACCAUGUCGCUUAGCCCGACAACCACCUAUAACCAAUAAUGACAAUAAUUUCAUUCAAUCUCAAAGAUUCAUAAAGCCGCAUCUUGAUGUACCUUUGACAAAUGCUCAUCUUUCAUUAUCAAAUGAAUCACCAUUUUUAUUGAUUUCACGUAACAGUGUUAAUCAUGUUAAUGAAAUGAUUCUUGAAAAUGAAAAUAAAGAUGAAACAAUUGUUGAGGAUUGUUUUAGAGCUAAUAUUUUAAUUAAAGCUACGUGUGAAUAUGAAGAAGAUGAAUGGAAAAUGAUUAGGAUUGGUGGACAAGUGUUUAGGUUAAUUGGUCCGUGUAGAAGGUGUCACAUGAUCUGUAUAAAUCAUGAGACUGCUGAAAAAAUUAAAGAACCAUAUUCGACUUUAGCAAAAUAUCGUCGAUUUAAAGGAAAAAUAUUCUUUGGACAACAUAUGAUUCAUGAUGCUGAACUUUCUGAUUCACCUUUUGAAAUUAAAAGUGGUGCAAAAUUAGAAAUAUUAGAAAAAUUUCAGGAUCAACAAGAGAUAUUUCGCAAGCCCUAUCAAAAAAUUAAGCCUCACGACGGCAGAAGCGAUGGAAGAAACGACGGAAGAGGCGACGGAGGAAGAGGAGGCGACGGAAGAAGCGACGCAGAGGAGACAGGCAGCAUGCUAUGCGAAAGUACGGAUGUGGUAUAUUUCGGUGUCGUUUUAAAAUCAACUUUUAUUAUCGUUAAUAAAUAUGACGAUAACGACACCAAAACGUCGACACCGAGAUGGACGACACCGACGAUACUUGGUAGUGUUGCUGGUGCUCACCGUUACUUUUUCUGCCG